CAGGCCCGCCCCGGGCCCGGUCAGUGCAGCCCGCGGCCCAUGGUGCUGCCCACCUGCCCCAUGGCGGAGUUUGCGCUGCCGCGGCACAGCGCGGUCAUGGAGCGCCUCCGCCGGCGCAUCGAGCUGUGCCGGCGCCACCACAGCACCUGCGAGGCCCGCUACGAGGCCGUGUCGCCCGAGCGCCUGGAGCUCGAGCGCCAGCACACUUUCGCUCUGCACCAGCGCUGCAUCCAGGCCAAAGCCAAGCGCGCCGGCAAGCACCGGCAGCCGCCCGCCCCGGCCCCGGCCCCGGCCCCGGCCCCGGCCCCCGCCCCGGCCCCGGCCCCGGCCGCCGCCCCGGCCCCGGCGCCCGCCGCCGCCGCCCCAGCGCCCGCCGUGCCGACUUCGGCCCCGCGCCUCGACGCCGCCGACGGCCCCGAGCACGGCCGCCCAGUCGCGCAUCUCCAUGAUACAGUGAAGAGGAACCUGGAGAGCACCACCUCCCCUCAGAAUGGUGAGCAACAGAAUGGCUAUGGAGACCUCUUUUCUGGACACAAGAAGACCCGUCGAGAGGCCCCUCUGGGAGUAGCCAUCUCUUCCAACGGCCUGCCUCCAGCCUCUCCCCUGGGGCAGCCUGACAAGCCUGGUGCAGAGGCACUGCAGGCCAGUGGGAAGCACUCACUGGGGCUGGACUCCAUCAGUAAGAAGUGUCUGGCUGACUCAAGUCUCCACCUGAAUGGGGGCAGCAACCCUGGUGAGCCAUUUCCUCUGAGCCUGAAUAAAGAGCUGAAGCAAGAGCCCGUCGAUGACCUGCCUUGCAUGAUUGCAGGGGCCGGGGGCUCCAUAUCUCAGAGCAACCUCAUGCCUGACCUCAACCUGAACGAGCAAGAGUGGAAAGAGCUCAUUGAGGAGCUAAACAGGUCAGUGCCUGAUGAAGACAUGAAGGAUCUGUUUAAUGAGGACUUUGAAGAGAAGAAGGACCCAGAGUCUGCUGGGUCUGCUACACAGACCCCCUUGGCACAGGACAUUAAUAUUAAGACAGAAUUCUCUCCAGCAGCCUUUGAACAAGAACAGUUAGGCUCUCCACAAGUGAGGGCUGGGUCUGCAGGACAGACCUUUAUGGGGCCUUCAGCCGGUCCCGUGAGUACCGAUUCACCCAGCCUAGGGGGCACUCAGCCUCUGUUCCAUACCUCUGGCCAGCCUGGGGCAGAUAAUCCCAGUCCUAACCUGAUGCCGGCAUCAGCGCAGGCCCAGAAUGCACAAAGAGCCCUUUCCAGUGUGGUGUUGCCUAGCCAGGGCCCAGGAGGGGCCUCAGAGCUGUCCUCUGCCCACCAGCUCCAGCAGAUUGCUGCCAAGCAGAAGCGUGAGCAGAUGCUCCAGAACCCGCAGCAGGCUACCCCUGCACCAGCCCCGGGCCAGAUGUCCACGUGGCAGCAGACAGGCCCCUCUCACAGCCCCUUAAAUGUACCCUAUCCCAUGGAGAAACCUGCCAGCCCUCCUGGUUACAAGCAAGACUUCACCAACUCCAAAUUGCUCAUGAUGCCAGGUGUGAACAAGAGCUCCCCUCGGCCUGGAGGCCCCUACCUCCAGUCCAGCCAUGUGAACCUGCUGAGUCAUCAGCCGCCGAAUAACUUGAAUCAGAAUGCCGUGACUAACCAGGGGUCAGUGCUGGACUAUGGCAACACCAAACCCCUUUCUCAUUAUAAAGCCGACUGUGGGCAAGGUGGCCCUGCAUCUGGCCAGAGCAAGUCCACCCUCAUGGCAUAUCUUCCCCAGCAGCUGCCUCACCUGAGCAAUGAACAGAACUCCUUGUUUAUGAUGAAACCAAAGCCAGGAAAUCUGCCCUUCCGGUCACUGGUUCCACCCAGCCAGGAGCAGAACACCCCCAGCGUCCCUGUGGCCACCCCUGCGGCCGGUGUCGGGAGCCAGCCACCCGCUGUGUCUGUGGCCAGCACCCGCAGCAGCGCCCCCUAUCUCAGCAGCCAGCAGCAGGCGGCAGUCAUGAAGCAACAUCACUUACUUUUGGACCAACAGAAACAGAGGGAGCAGCAACAAAAGCAUCUGCAGCAACAGCAGUUCUUACAAAGGCAGCAACACCUUCUGGCAGAACAGGAAAAGCAGCAGUUUCAGCGCCACCUGACUCGCCCGCCUCCCCAGUACCAAGACCCAACCCAGAGCACCUUCCCACAGCAGGUCGGACAGUUCACAGGGUCCUCUGCUGCUGUGCCUGGCAUCAACAACCUAGGGCCGUCUAACUCCAGCUGUCCCCGGGCAUUCCCUCAGGCUGGGAACCUGAUGCCAAUGGGCCCUGGACAUACCUCGGUUUCCUCUCUCUCCUCAAACUCAGGCCAGCAGGACCGGGGUGUGGCUCAGUUCACUGGCUCCCAAAGCAUGCCCCAGAGCGGCCUCUACAGCAUGGCCUCCGGCCUCACCCAGAUCGUGGCCCAGCCCCCGCCACAGGCCACCAACGGACAUGCCCACGUCACCCGGCAGCCCACUGUAGGCCAGAACACCACAGUCUCUGCUGCCUAUGGGCAAAACUCUCUGGGGAGCUCUGGCCUCUCCCAACAGCACAAUAAGGGGACCAUGAACUCCGGUUUACCUAAGCCGCAGGUCCCCAGGGUGUCAGCUGCAAUGGGAGGCCAGAACCCAUCGUGGCAGCAUCAGAGCAUGGCAAACUUGAGCAGCCAGGCCCCAGGGAACAGCACUGUAAGCCCCUUCCCAGCAGCUUCCACUUUCCACAUGCAGCAGACCCACCUGAAAAUGUCUGGCCCCCAGUUCUCCCAGGCGAUGCCCAGCAGGCCCAUGGCCCCCAUGAGCUCAACACCUGCGGCGGGGGCCAUGCUGCCCCCUGUGAACGCACAGCAGAGGACCGGUGCUCCUGCCCCAGCACCUCCCCAGGGAGCCCCACAGCAGGGCUUGCCGGGCCUGAGCCCCGGUGGGCCCGAGCUGGGGGCCUUCAGCCAGAGCCCCGUGCCACCGAUGGGUGGCCGGCCAGGACUGCACUGCACUCAGGCCUACCCUGUGCGGACCGCGGGCCAGGAGCUGCCCUUCGCCUACGGUGGGCAGCCGGGUGGCAGUGGGCUAGCCAGCAUGGCCGGAGAUGCCGACCUGAUCGACUCCUUGCUGAAGAACAGGACUUCAGAAGAGUGGAUGAAUGAUUUGGACGACCUCUUAGGGCCUCAGUAACCAGAGGAUUUGUGGUAUUCUCAGUGUUCACACAGCCUGUAUUUCUGUUCUCAGAUUCAAGAAAGAACAACUACUUUGGACCAAAAGCCCUCGGCCCCUGGGGAGCUGGGUAGAUGGAAGCUAGAGCCCCAGGGCUGAGGUGGGCCCUGGCCAGGGUCUGCAGUGGGGGGGGUCUUGGCUCCCAGCCAGCAGUUGCGGUCUGUUGGGCUGGCCCCAGCCGCUCUACUGGCAUCCAUUGCCUGGUGUCGGGACAGCAGGACAGGGUUCUACAGGUGGUUUUCUAUCCAAAUGACCAAAAAAACCCAACAGUAAGAACAGUGAAACCCCGUGAUGUCAGGCUUACAAAAAUCUGUGCCAUUGUGUUGACAUAAUCCAAGAUUUCUCCACUUGCCCCGGUGUCAGGGACAGGUUUUGUUGCAACUUCAUAUAGCCGAACUAUUUUUUUGCAGUUUGUAGCAUAGAAAAGAUUUUUUUUUAAUUUUUAAGGUUUGAAGAUGGAUUAGGAUAGGUGAUGGUUUAAACUGAUUGCGUGGCAUUGGGAACCCAGGCUUUCCAUGUGGUCAGGAGCCUUUCUUAGUCCUGCUCUUUGUCCGCUUUCAGGGAAAAGGGAGGGACACUGGGAAAUGGCGUCCUUCAGCACAGGCUGUGACUGCAUGUGCCAAAAAGGAACAGGAUGCCAUGAGGUAGCUGGCGGCACAGCUGCUCCUUCUCUCUUCCUCCCCCACAGUGCUGUGUCCCCAGGUCCACCAACGGUGGCCAGCCUGAGGAAUCCCCACCCCACCUCCACUCCCAGCCCAGUGCCUGGUGGUGGCAAGCCCCCAGGCUACAUGCUGAGAUGGAAUGUUUGGGGUUCCUGUGUUCUCUCUUGUCACUCCCCACCUGCCUCAGUGUCUCUGAAAAUUCCUACUUCAUGUGUCAGGAAGGUGAUCGUAGUUGAGCUGUGCAAAGAGGCCUUCACCCCGUCUGCAGUCCCCGUGAUCUCUCUGCCUCCCCUUCUUUCUCUCUCCAGCCCAAAUAGGAAACUUCUUAAAGGCAACAGUGAACGAGAUUGGUGGGAAAAGAGUCAUUGAAAUUUCUUAGGGAGCCCCAGCCUUGUGGGCAGAAGGGCAUCCCCUCCCCAGAAAGCAAAGGUUUGGGAAGGAGGGCAAGUGGCAUGUGAGCUGCCAGGGAGGCUGAGGCUGGGCCACAGGAGAGAUUUCCACUUGGUUUUACCACUUGGGCCACUCUCCCACGUCUGAUGACUUGCACUUUUUAAAGAGAAUGGCUUUAUAACACUAACACAUUCUUCCUAAAGAUUUGAGUGGAUUUCUCUCUGAAGGUCUAUGGACUUGACUAAGCUAAGAGUCCACAAAACAGGAUUGCCUGUGGGCUGUUCAUGGAAAACAAAGAUGGAGAGAGCACUUUGGUUAGAACGAAAGCAAAAUGGUAAGUGCAGGGUGAGACCCUUUUUAAACAGAGUGUUGGAGAGAAAAUAGGACACUGAGAAGAGUGGCUUACAGGCAGAGUGGUCUUGGGAGAAACUGAAACCCCACUUUUACUUCCCUGGAGUUGCAAAGUGGAUGAUUGAAGGAGUGUCUGCCAUAAAGAAUUGAGCCAGGGAAGAUCUCUGAGUGGGCAGCCUGAGCGGUGUCAAGGGGAUGAAGGGUUGUGCACCUAGGGGUAAUUAUUCUGCACCAGCAGUGCCUUCGUGGGGGUAUUCAGACCCUCAGCUUCUCUUCCAUAAUAGCCAUUUCCCCUUUAAACGCCCUCCCUCCCUUCCCCCACCCCCAUGCUGAGUUUAGCUCUCAAAGAAGGGAAUGAAUCAUAAAGCCAGUGAAGACUCUGCCCUCUGAGUGAGUUCCCCAAUCUGAAGGGGAAGAGGGUGACUUCAGCAGGUUUUCUACCAAAAAUAGUGGGCUGAAGGCUAGUGAUGGGUCCUUGUUCCUCUCCUGGUCCCCCUCUGGCUGCUCACCUCUGUCCCCUCUUGGGGAGGGCGGCCCCUGCCUUAGUCCUCAGACCGCCGGACAGAUAGCAGGCUUCUCGCCACAGUGUUGGAGCAAUAAAAUGUGAUGCUUGGGGUCCCCCCAGGGAGCUGCCCAUGGCUUUAUUUAUGAAUCUGGUUUUUGGGUAGUUAGGGGAGGAGAUGACUCCACUUCAGUGCAAAUCCCCUCUUCCAAGAGCCAUGACUCAAAAGAAGGGUGCUCGGACUUUGUUAUACACAUUUGCUUUGUGUAAAUAAAUGUUUACAAUUUUAUAUUAAAGAGGAAAUAAGCGUUAGAGUUUCUGACUGUAUAUUUUUUACUUUUAUAGAUUUUAAAAUUAUGAUCCUUUAUAUAUGUGUUUUGGGGGAGCUAUGAUAAGUUUUACGGCAAACAGUUGGUAUUGUUAACUUUUUAUUGUCAUCAAAGUACAUAAAAAUCCUAUUAAUUCCCUUAUUCUUCUACUGCCCUUAACUCUGGUAUACACCAAAAAAGAAAUCUUUACUCUCUUUCUUUUAUCAUUAUAAAAUAAAGUAUUUUGCUAGUAUGGAAA